AUGGCGCAGGAUCAGGAUCAUCCCUCGCUCUCCACGCCUCCACCGCGCAAACGUCGCCGGGAACCCAUGUCCUGUGAUCCGUGUCGUCGUCGCAAAGUCCGUUGUGACCGGGAAUUCCCUUGUGGCCCAUGUGAGCGUGCGAGAACUUCGCUGCAGUGCUUCUACCGCCCCACGGUCGCUGCCAGCAGCCCCUCCAGUGGUGAAUUCUCCCAGUUCACGGCUCCUUGCGUGCUGGAGGGACAUACGCCUCCUUCCCAAGCCGUUGACCGGCAGACACAGAGCCGUGCGCCUGCACCCACGUCGCAAUCGCAGCCUCAGGACCAAGAUCGGUAUCAGAACAAGAUCCAGGAUCUGGAACGCCGUCUUCGGCGUUUGGAAGAACAUCUUCCCGGCCCUCCGCUCUCUCGAGCCACGACCGUCCUUGGCAAAUUCGACGCCAAAGAAGUAGAACCGUCGCUGCAGGAUGUGGAUGCCAGAUCGGAGUUCGCCAGCAUCUUCAAGGACUGUCGGCAUCUCCGACAGGCCAUCAAGGCCCAAGAGUCGGUUCGACUCAACCAUCCGGGUCCGGACUUGCUGAGCACGCUCCCGACCCAAGCAGUGUGCGAUGUUCUGGUUGAUGCCUAUCUCCGCACCUUCGAGCUCAUCUACCGGGUUAUUCAUAUCCCAUCCUUCUGGGAAGAGUAUCGUCAGUUGUGGGCCCAGCCGCAGUCGACCUCGACCCAUUUCCUGAUGAAGCUGGUCUUGAUCCUCGCCCUGGGUACCACAUUCUACCCAGAUCGAAGCAACAAGGCGCAUCUCCGUCGUCUCGCACACACGUGGAUCUAUGCCACACAAUGGUGGCUAGUCGGACCAUCGGAAAAGUCGACCGUCAAUCUGGAUGGCCUGCAAGUCGGUUGUCUCUUAUUGCUGGCCCGCCAGACGAACAGCCUUCCGGGCACGAGCUGGCUCUCCGCGGGGUCCGUGCUGCGUAUGGCCAUGGCGAUGGGACUACACCGCACUCCCGACCUCUUUCCCGCGCUGUCCGUGUACCAGUCGGAGAUGCGAGACCGACUCUGGGCGACGGUGCUGGAACUGACGUUACUGUCGUCGCUGGAUGCCGCCAUGCCCUUACCGUUCUCCCUACAGGACAUUGACCGCACGUCGCCGUCGAAUCUGGACGACGAGCAGUUCGACCCCGAGACUGAGACGCUUCCCACCCCGCAGUCGAGUCAGCACCUUACUGACUCGUCCAUUCAGGUUCUGCUGCUCAAGUCUCUUCCCGUGCGAGUGGAAGCGGUCCGGCUUGUGAACAACCAGCACCGUCAGGAACUGUCAUACGAAACCGCAUUGAGGCUGGGAAAUGAAUUGCGCUCGGCGUGCCGCGAUAUUGCCACCUUGUUCUACACCAGUCGGAAUCAGUCGAGGAAUGCGGACCGCACUCCGGGCAUGACCAACUUCCAUCUCCGGUUUCUCGACACGUACCUACGUCGAUAUAUCUUGUUCCUGCAUCGCCCGUUCAUGAUUCAGGCUCGCAAAGAUCCACGAUUCUACCUGUCCCGGAAGGUGUGUCUGGAGUCCUGCAUCGUAGUUGCAUCAUAUGCCGAUCAUCUCAAUCUACCGUCAGACACCUUGGAUGACCUCUCUCACCUGACCAUUGCAGGUAGAGGCUCCUUUAAAGGAGCCUUAAGUUUCGAUGUGAUUACAUCCCUGGGGCUGGAAAUUGUCACACAACUCGAGGAGGAGGCUUCCACGCGGCCAUUGGGAUCUUCUCCCCCGUUUGUCGCCGAUUCCCUGGAUGAAAUGGCCAAGGCCCAUCGAGCGCCCUUGAUUCGGAGCCUAGAACACAUUCAGAAGCAGCAGCUGCAGAUUAUCGCUCUCGGAAAUCCCAGUCUGAAGCGAUACAACUUCCUGGCCGCCAUUUUGAGCCAGAUCCGUGCAAUGGAAUCGGGCCAGCCGAUCCAACCCGCCAUUUACGAGACCGUCAAAGAAAGCCUAAAGAAAUGCUAUUUCUUGCUGCAGGCCUCUCACGCAGCCAGUUCGCCGCAGCAAUCAGUUGAGUCGCUGACUAUGGGGACAGACAGUCCUCCAGGUUUUGAUGUGGAUGCUUUAGUAAGUAUUUCUUUCCUCCAGGGCCUUUUUUUUUCCUAG